CCGGAAGUUUCGAGAGGAGCGCGGGAGCUGCGAAGUGAAGGUCGGCUCCGUCCCGGAAAGGCCUUGUGCGGACCGCUCUGCCGCCGGUGGUCUUUGGGCGAACUUCCCGCGAGUGUCCGGGCCUCGCCGCCUGCCAGCCCGGAGUGUCUCGCAGCGUGCCGCCGGCCCAGGUUCCUGGUUUCAGAGAUGAUGACAGAGGAACUGGAUGUCUCGGGACAGGACUCUGACGGGGGCAGUGAGGAGGUGGUCCUGACGCCUGCAGAGCUCAUUGACAGGCUGGAGCAGGCCUGGAUGAAUGAAAAGUUUGCCCCUGAGCUGCUGGAAACCAAGUCUGAAAUCGUCGAGUGUGUCAUAGAACAGCUGGAUCACAUGGAAGAAAAUCUCAGGAGAGCCAAGAAAGGGGACCUGAAGGUCAGUAUACAUCAGAUGGAGAUGGAGAGGAUCCGCUACGUCCUCAGCAGUUACUUGCGGUGUCGGCUCAUGAAGAUAGAGAAGUUUUUCCCUCACAUCCUUGAGAAAGAGAAGACACGCCGUGAGGGGGAGCCUUCCAGCCUCUCCCCAGAAGAGUUUGCCUUUGCCAAAGAGUACGUGACCAACACAGAGACCUACCUAAAGAACGUUGCCCUAAAGCACAUGCCUCCUAAUUUGCAGAAGGUGGACCUCUUGAAGGCCGUUCCCAAACCAGAUCUGGAUUCAUACGUGUUUUUGAGAGUGAAAGAGCGACAGGAGAACAUACUGGUGGAACCAGAAACAGACGAGCAGAGGGACUACGUGAUCGACCUGGAGGAGGGCUCACAGCACCUGAUCCGAUACAAGACCAUCGCACCCCUGGUUGCUUCCGGAGCAGUACAGCUGAUUUAAAACGGGAAGCAACUAACCCCCAACAAAGACAUGGAACCUCGGAGAACGUAUCUGGAAACCCCCACCCCAUCACUCUGUGCCCGAGAAUGGCAGACUUUUCUCAGCAGUGCGGUGGAUCACUGGGACGUGAAGAGGGGCUCAGGGGAGACCCCCUCUCUUGGCACUGAUUCUCUGCCUUUUAGCCAGAAUUGGCAGAUGGGGCCAUCGCUCUUGAUUCUGCAACGGGGCAAGUACGUGGAAAUUUCCUGUGUGCGCCAUCUCACUAAAGAAGGAAAGUGAGGCAGAGGUCAUUCGUGAAAAGGCAUCCCCACCUGUGAUCAAGGGCCUGUUCUCGACCUGACCCGGCAGUGGUUGGGGAGUGCACUUAACCUUCCUGGGAGAAAGAAUGAAAUGGAUUCCACCGUGGUGGCUGUCUUCUGUGAUGUCACUCAGUUGUGUCAACUAGCCUUCUGGAACCUCUGCUGUUGGACUUACAGCCAAGGAGCUAUUAGGUUUCAGGUCCAUGGCAGAAGGAGCCUGCAGGCAGGUCCCAGCGCGCGGUCUAAUGCAGCGCAUCCUCCCCGCGGGGAGACCCUGUGGCCUCGCUGAGUGCCCCAGUCCGGCAGCCUCCCAGCCAGCCCUGGGCCAUGGGCCAUCUGCCAGCCCCGGCGGGAUCCCAGCUCUCCGAUACCUUGACCUCAGCGGCAGCUUUUCCUUUGUCGGCUCCCACUUCCUCAAGGAAAUGGAUGGAAUGAAUGGAAGUGAGCGGAGAGUGUCGCGGGGACACCGGAAGGAGGAGCGUGCGGACAGCAUGAACCGUCUUCCCUUGAAACGCAGUGAAGAGCACCUGCCUUCCCGCCCCUCUUGCUUGGUGAAGAGGCGGCAGGUCUUCAUUCCACGGUGUGGGCUGUCAGAGGAUCAGUGUGAUACUGCUGUUGUUUCCAGGAGAAAUCACUAAGUGAAGGCAAGA